CAUCAGGCGCCAUCACAGUCUCACGAGUGAGAGACGCAUCGAGGACAAUGGCCGCUGCUUGUAGCCGCUGCCUGCAGGCGGUGCUGCUCUGGGCGGCGCUCUCGCCGUGGACGCUCGCCUUAGAGGCGGCCGCGGCCGUGCCGGCAAAGCUCAAGGCCGCGCCGGCGCCUGUGGUGGCCGGGCCGGUGUCCAAGGUGGAGGACGCCAGGAUGUUUCAGAUAUACUACGGCCAGAGCUUCAAGGUCAUCAAGAACUCCGGCGACGGCAAGAGCUACCUGCUCAUGCAGAACACGUCCAAGAUGGCAUCCAAGACAAAGUAUUGCACGGGGAGGAUCAAGUCGUUCGUCAUCCCCCUCGCCAACUUCUCCGUCGACACCACGGCGUCUCCAGUGUCAUUCUUUGAGCUACUUGGAGUGCUGGAAAACUUGAAGGGAAUAACAUCAAACCAAGUUGCUUCUGAAUGUGUGCUCCAAUCGUAUGCAAGCGGAAAUACCCAACUUGUUAAUAGGACUGAUGCACAGACACUCUCACAAUUUAGUGCACAAUUCAUAAGCAAUAUAGAUUUUGAUAAAGGUUGCAACUUUGCAGCAUAUGUACCCUUAGAAGAGGAUACACCAUUGCAGAGGGCUGAGUGGAUCAAAUACUUGGGAACUUUCACAAAUUCUGAAGACAGGGCAAAUGCUGUCUAUGAUGCAAUAAAGAGAAACUACUUGUGCUUAAGCAAAGCAGCUGCAAACCUUAGCACGAGAUUCAAGCCUAUUGUAGCGUGGAUUGAAUACACACAGGGAAUGUGGACAUUUGUCAAAGAUAAUUACGCCUUACAGUACAUCACAGAUGCAGGAGCAGAAAUUGUUGAUGCAACUAUUACAAAUAAGAGAUUUAAUAGUUCAGAUCCAGAGGAUAUGGACAACUUUCAUGCUAUUCUUUGUACAGUGGACGUGGUCAUAGAUCAGACAUAUGCUUUGGAGCCUGCAGAGUAUAAACUAUCCACAUUUUUUGAGAAUAUUAAUGUUAGCCACGACUCCUGUUUUAGUUUUGUAUCAAACCGCAGAAUAUGGAGGUUUGACAAAAGGAUAGGAGCUUCUGGGACACUUGAUUGGUAUGAUGGAGCUAUCUCCCAGCCCCAGUUGGUUCUUGGAGAUCUAAUAGAAGUUUUCUUCCCAACGGGGAACUACACAACAAUUUACUUCAGGAAUCUUGCAAAGGAAGAAGGGGUCACAGAGAUUGGCCCUGAAAUGUGUCUAAGGAGCAUAUCCACAACCAUGGAGCCUAUAAUCCUGCCCUGCCAAUGAUGAGCCCAGAUGAACAUGAAGACUUUUCAAGCUACUAUACUCGCAGACAGUGGCGACUAGUUGAUGGAAGCAUUUUAAGUUACUGACAAACUGAUCUGAACAGAAGCAUUUGCAACAAAGAUUAGAUUACACAGUCGAGAAAGAUACAUUGAGGCAUUGAGCGUUCUUCAAAAUAUGCUGAGAAGGAACUGCUAUUUGGUCCAGUGAUCAUUUUCUUUUUUCUUUUCUUUUUUUGAAAUGAGGACGUCUGUUGAUCAUUUAAUAAGCGAUUACAAACCAGGACCGUUGUAUCCAUGUUGAAGGGAGUUCAUGUAAUUAUCCAAUAACCCAUCUUUUGAAACUGAAACAAGUGUUCUCAAUACGAUAUAUGCAUGUGAUUUGUAUUUCUUGA